UUUUAACAAGAAUUUAAUUGAGUGGCGCUUUGUUUCAAACGUUUCAUAAAAACAUCUUUGGCUGGAGUUUAUACUCCAAGGACUUAUAUAUCACAAAAAUAUGUUGUAAUUUUCUUAAUUGAUCUUUAUUUCUUAAAAUUAAACAUAGUUGUAGUUGCACAGUUGAAAUUUUGUAAUUGAUCUCGCAUAUGAGCUGCUAUUCAAGAGCUUACUAUAACCAUCUUAGCGUUAAAACCACUGGAUUUGGAGGAGAGCGUUCUUUCCCGCUUCUCGGAUAACACGUGUCGCCACUAUAGUUUACAUUUCCAACACGCGCACCGGAGUUUUUAGCGCUCGCCGCUUGCAACUAUAAGUCUUCUUUUUGGUUAUAGCAAGGUAAAAUACACAUGGCUCUCCGUUGAUAUUUGCAAUUUUUGUUAUAAAUUAUUACAUUAGUCAUUGUUUAGUGUGUACGACAAACUAAAAUCGUUGUUUUUUUUCAGUUAUAACAAAUCUCUAUUGAAAAAUGUCUGACGUUGAGACCGAUGAUGUUCCCUCGGCAGUUGGUGGUCCUAUGGACGUAAACACAGCACUUCAAGAAGUCCUUAAAACAGCCCUCAUUCAUGAUGGAGUUGUACGAGGUCUUCAUGAGACCACAAAAGUUUUAGACAAGAGGCAAGCUGUUCUCUGCAUCCUUGCUGAAAACUGUGAAGAAGCUGAUUACAAAAAAGUCAUAUCUGCCCUGUGUAAUGAACAUCAAAUUCCUCUCAUCAAAGUUGACAAUAACAAAAAACUUGGUGAAUGGGCUGGUUUAUGCAAGGUUGAUAAAGAUGGCAAAGCCAGGAAAGUUGUUGGAUGCUCUUGUGUAGUCAUCAAGGACUUUGGUGAAGAUACUCCAGCUAAAGAUGUCCUUAUGGACUACUUGAAGCAAAGUGCUGUGCAUUAAGUUUAGUUUAAUAAAAAAACUAUAAACAAAAAA